GGGCUGGGACUGGCCGGCCGCAGAGGGCAGGGGGCGGGAAGGAGCCGCCCCGAGCCCGAGGGGCGGAACGCGCGGGCGGACCGGGCGCUCGGGCUGGGGCACCGCCCCGCGCCUCCGCGCACACCCGGAAGCGGCGCGAGUGGAGCGGCGCCUGGCAGGCGUGGGAACCCAGGCCUGGGCCGAGGUGGCCAGGAGGUGAGAUGGCAGCUGGGCAAAAUGGGAAUGAAGAGUGGGUGGGCAGCGCGUACCUGUUUGUGGAGUCCUCGCUGGAGAAGGUGGUCCUGUCGGAUGCCUACGCCCACCCACAACAGAAGGUGGCAGUGUACAGGGCUCUUCAGACUGCAUUGGCAGAGAACGGUGGGAGCCCGGACGUGCUGCAGAUACUCAAGAUCCACCGCAGCGAUCCGCAGCUGAUUGUGCAGUUGCGAUUCCGCGGGCGGCAGCCCUGCGGCCGCUUUCUCCGCGACUACCGCGAGGGGGCGCUGCGGGCCGCGCUGCAGAGGGGCUUGGCGGCCGCACUGGCCCAGCACCGGGUGCCGCUGCAACUGGAGCUGCGCGCGGGCGCCGAGCAGCUGGACGCUGUGCUGACGGACGAAGAGCGCUGUUUGAAUUACAUCUCAGCCCAGAAGCCCGACCGCCUCCGGGACGAGGAGCUGGCUGAACUGGAGGAUGCGCUCCGGAACCUGACGUGCAGCUCAGGCGGCCAGGGUGGGGACGUGGAGGCUGCUGAGGGCCCCUCGCAGUCCCUGGUCCCCUCUCUCUCGGAGAAGCCGCUGCCACCGACUGGCCAGACUUUUCUGUUCCAGGGUCAGCCCAUAGAGAACCGGCCGCUGAGCCUGCAAGACCAGCAGACGUUCGCACGGUCUGUGGGCCUCAAAUGGCGCAAGGUGGGACGCUCACUGCAGCGGGGCUGUCGCGCGCUGCGGGACCCGGCGCUGGACUCGCUGGCCUAUGAGUACGAGCGCGACGGGCUGUACGAGCAGGCCUUCCAGCUGCUGCGGCGCUUCGUGCAGGCCGAGGGUCGCCGCGCCACGCUGCAGCGCCUGGUGGAGGCGCUCGAGGAGAAUGAGCUCACCAGUGUGGCAGAGGACUUGCUGGGCCUGGCUGGUCCAGAUGGCGGCCUGGCCUAGGCCAGGUGCCCAGCCAGGGUUUGGAGCACCCGGAUGACACUAGGGUCCCUUCUGCUGCUAUUGCUGGCCCCCUGUCCAUGCACGGGACUCCGAGACCACACUUAGAACCCCACUCGUCUAUCUGCUGGAGCUGUUGGGGCAAAGUUGAUUGCCUUCCCCGGGAGCCAGAAAGCACCCACCAAGCCCGCUGGGGGUGCACCAUUGGGGAUUCUGCCCCAGAUACUUUGCUGGAGACAGCGUGUGGGUGACCUGCUGGGGAGGUUAGCCUCACCAUCUCCUACCCUAGGAGAGGGAAUUGGGGCUGGGGCUGCACUUACCUUUUCACUCAUUAAGUGCCUGGCCCUUGAGUGUCCUAGGCAUCAUCCUGGUGCUGCAAAUGUUGUCAUGAGCAAGAUAAACAAAUCCUGUCUGUCCCCAGCUCACACACAGUGUGAGACCCCAAAUAUUACGUAAUGGAAAUAAAACAUAACCCCCUUUUUGA